UCCCACUAGAACGACAUGAUGGUGGAAUCCGCCUCAGAGACAAUCAGGUCUGCUCCAUCUGGUCAGAACGGCGUGGGCGGCCUCUCUGGGCAGACGGAUGGCGGGGCUGGGGCAGCGGGCACAGCUGCAGGCAGCACCGGCAGGGAUGGCACAGGUAGGGACACCACAAGCAGCGCAGACAGCAAUGGAGAGAUGAGCCCCGCGGAGCUCCUGCACUUCCAGCAGCAACAGGCUCUCCAGGUGGCCCGCCAGUUCCUGCUACAGCAGGCCUCCAGUCUGAGCUCCCCCGGGAACAAUGACAGCAAACAGUCAGCCUCUGCCCUGCAGGUGCCCAUGUCAGUGGCCAUGAUGUCGCAGCAGAUGCUUACCCCCCAGCAGAUGCAGCAGAUCCUGUCACCCCCACAGCUGCAGGCCCUGCUCCAGCAGCAACAGGCCCUCAUGCUCCAGCAGCUGCAGGAAUAUUACAAGAAACAGCAAGAGCAGCUCCACCUACAGCUCCUCACCCAGCAGCAGGCAGGAAAACAACAGCCCAAAGAGGCGCUGGGGAACAAGCAGCUGGCCUUCCAGCAGCAGCUCCUCCAGAUACAACAGUUACAGCAGCAGCACUUGCUCAACCUGCAGAGACAGGGGCUGGUCAGCCUGCAGCCCAGCCAAGCGUCAGGGCCCCUCCAGACUCUCCCGCAAGCAGCCGUGUGCCCGACGGAUCUGCCCCAGCUGUGGAAGGGCGAGGGUGCCCCUGGACAGCCUGCUGAGGACAGCGUCAGGCAGGAGGGGCUGGACCUCGCCGGCACAGCUGCUACUGCUACCUCGUUUGCCAGCCCCCCCAAGGUCUCCCCACCCCUCUCCCACCACCCCCUGCCCAACGGACAACCUACUGUGCUCACAGCACGGAGAGACAGCUCCUCCCAUGAGGAGACCCCCGGCUCCCACCCCCUCUAUGGACAUGGAGAGUGCAAAUGGCCAGGCUGUGAGACCCUGUGCGAAGACCUGGGUCAGUUUAUCAAACACCUCAACACUGAGCAUGCGUUGGAUGACCGGAGCACUGCCCAGUGUCGUGUGCAGAUGCAGGUGGUCCAGCAGCUGGAGAUCCAGCUCGCCAAGGAGAGUGAGCGGCUACAGGCCAUGAUGGCGCACCUGCACAUGCGGCCCUCUGAGCCCAAGCCCUUCAGCCAGCCCCUGAACCCAGUCCCCGGCUCCUCCUCAUUCUCCAAGGUGACCGUCUCCGCAGACCCAUUCCCAGAUGGCCUGGUGCACCCCCCAACCUCGGCUGCUGCCCCUGUCACCCCCCUGCGGCCCCCUGGCCUGGGCUCUGCCUCCCUGCACAGCGGGGGCCCAGCGCGCAGGAGAAGCAGUGACAAGUUCUGCUCUCCCAUCUCCUCAGAGCUGGCCCAGAAUCAUGAGUUCUACAAGAACGCCGACGUCAGGCCCCCCUUCACCUACGCCUCCCUCAUCCGCCAGGCCAUUCUGGAAACUCCUGACAGGCAGCUGACCCUGAAUGAGAUCUAUAACUGGUUCACCAGGAUGUUCGCUUAUUUCCGCAGAAACACCGCCACCUGGAAGAAUGCCGUGCGCCACAACCUCAGCCUGCACAAGUGCUUCGUCCGUGUGGAGAACGUCAAGGGUGCUGUGUGGACUGUGGAUGAACGCGAGUAUCAGAAGCGGAGACCGCCAAAGAUGACCGGGAGCCCCACCCUGGUGAAGAACAUGAUCUCCGGUCUCAGUUAUGGAGCACUUAAUGCCAGCUACCAGGCCGCCCUGGCAGAGAGCAGCUUCCCGCUUCUCAGCAGCCCUGGCAUGCUGAACCCGGGCUCCGCCAGCAGCCUCCUGCCCCUCAGCCAGGACGAUGGGGGUGCCCCUGGGGAGCCACUGCCCAGCAAUGGCAGCAGCAGCCCUCCUCGCCUUUCCCCUCCCCAGUACAGCCACCAGGUGCAGGUGAAGGAGGAGCCCACAGAGGCGGGGGAGGAACGGCGACCUGGGCCCGCCUUGGUGCCCCCCACUCCUAGCAUCGUGGGACCCCCCGAAGACAGGGACCUGGAGGAAGAGCUGCCAGGAGAGGAGCUGUCCUAAGGGUCUGGAGGGGGUGGGCAGGGCAGGGGUGAGAUACCACGCGCCCCCCCCCUCCCCCAACUGCUCAGACCCUGGGUCCAUCUACCCCACUCCACAGCCCCUCCAACCUCAAGGCACUUCCAGGACUCAGGUGGCCGAGGCCUGAGCUAGCUCCCAAGACGACCUGACCGACAAACACUUGGGGACAUAGGACCCCUGGUCUGGGACCGGUAGAGGACAUGGAGGGUCUGGCCCUCUCCAACCCUCCCCCACACCUGAACACCGCUUCCCCCAACCACCAGCAGCAGCAGCAGCAGGGCCCUCCUCCCCACCAGCGCCCCCUACAGGCCCCUCAGUGCCAUGGACACCCGCAGGCGGGGCUGAGCCCCCUCACUCCCCGCCCCUGGCCUGGCUCUGGCAAUGGUUUCUGUCCGGAGGGGGCCCCCCUCCUCUGUGCCCACCCCCUCCCCCUGUCUUUUCUGUACUGUGAAGAUUUGCUCUGUAACCCUAAUUAGCCCUGACCCUGGGUAGGGUGUGGACCUUCAGACCAGCCCCUGGGCCCCUCUGUUCUGAGACUGGACUGAGGCUGGCCCCCAUGCCCGUACUGGUUGCUGGGUGCUGUGGCAGGUGGAGUCGGGUCACCCCUGCAGCCUGAGCGCCAUCUGAUAGACUCUAGAAACAUCCACCGUGGCACAGGGGAAGCCAGGCUGAAAUCCAGCCUCGCCCCAGGACUGGCUGGAGAUGCCCCCCCACUGCAGUCCUUACACCACCCCCCUCCCCAGCCCCCUUACCCCAUCCCCUAGUUAAAAUGGAUGACCAAAGACCUUUCUUAUGCCGGAAGCAAAAACCAAAACUUUUUGUUGGCUUUUUCCUUUGUCGCCUACUGAAUACCUACUGCCCCUCCCUGGCCCAGCCCCUCCACUUAACUUAUUGUUUUUAAACCAAAGUUUACAGUGUCUGUUGGUGGCAAGACCCUCUCCCUCCGCCCCUCCUCAAUCCCACCCGAGGACCCUGGGACUCAUUAGAGGCUGGGGGCUCUGCUCCCCUUCCUCCCCUCUGCCCUUGCCCCGCCUGGGGAAAGGAGGGAGGAGACAGAGCUCUGGCUCCCGACUCUGGGCUGCUUCCUGGGGGCUCCCGGACCCCUCUCUUUUUAGGACCAAGUCCCCCAUCCCACUGGGAGCGUGGAUUCUAGCAAAAGAGCUGGAAAUGUGGGACUUUCCACCAACCCCCUAUGGGGGACCCCGAACCAAAACCAAGGACGAGGUGUGCGGGGGAUACACUGAGCACCCUGCCUGGCCCUUGGCUGAGAAGACUCCUUGGAUCUCUCCCAAGCAAACCCCAUACCCCUGCACAGACCCUCCCCCCGUGAGGCAAGAGCCUCCCCCCAUGUACCCCACCUGUGCUCCAUUCGACCUGCACAGA